AUGUCUUCGAUAUACAAUCUCGAGCCGCAGCCCACGGGCUCGGCAGUCCUGCACACAACCCUAGGAGAAAUCCACGUCGAGCUCUUCGCCAAGCAGACACCACUGACGUGCCGCAAUUUCCUUCAGCACUGUCUGGACGGCUAUUACGAUGGCACAAUCUUCCACCGACUCGUCCCCAACUUCAUCGUGCAAGGUGGUGACCCUACAGGAACCGGAAAUGGUGGCGAGUCAAUCUACGACGGAGGCGCUUUUGGCGGCGAUCUGGAUCCCUGGCCCAUGGACCAGAGACAUGGACAGAACGCAGGACCCAACGGCAUCAACUUCAGAGACGAAUUUCACUCCCGACUAAAGAUCAACCGACGCGGUCUCCUGGCCAUGGCCAACGAAGGCAAACCAGACACGAACGGAAGUCAAUUCUUCUUUACACUAGACAAAGCAGAGGAACUGAAUGGCAAGAACACAAUGUUUGGCAGAGUUGCCGGAGACACAAUCUACAACUUGGCAAAGAUUGGCGAAUCAGAAGUGGAUGAAUCGACCGACCGACCGCUAUAUCCGGUCAAGAUUGAGCGGGUGGAAAUUUUGGUUAACCCCUUUGGCGAUAUGAGAAAGCGAUCGAGGGUGGCACAAAUACAGGAAAAGCCAAAAGUAGAAAAAGAGAAGAAGAAGAAAAGGAAAGGCGGAAAGCAGCUGCUCAGCUUUGGAGACGAAGAGGGCGAUGAGGACGUGCCUGUCUUUAAAAAGGCCAAGUUUGACUCAAGGAUAGUCAUGGCAGAGGAGGAAGAGACUCCUGCUCCCAGAGAGAAGAGCUCAAAAUCAAAGCCUUCUAAACCGAAAGCCGCAGAUAAGCAAGCAAGCGAAAGUCGCACGACCCAUGAUAAGCCAGACGAAUCGGUUGCUGAAACAAAGGGCGAUGACGAAAUGGAAGAGGAGAGACCAAUGGAUAUUCCUUUGCGCAAGAGACAUAAGGAACCGUCGCCCAAACCAUCACCGGAGCCAGAGCCGGCCAAGGAGAAGAGUGCAUUAGAAAGGGCCAAUGAAGAGCUAGCAGCUCUAAAGGCAUCAAUGAGGAGGACAGUCCACUCCGAGCAACCAGUCAAAGAAAAGAAGAAAUCCGCGUUAGAAACAAUGAUACCCGAAACAUCCAUACGAGGAAGAAAAAGGCGGCCCGGCGGUAACAAUACAACAGCAAGCGAAGAACAGUCAUCCCUUCGCCUGCUAAAAGCUUUCCAAGCGAAGCUUGAGAAAGCUCCGCCAUCAAAAGAGACAGCUGCAGAAAUUCCCGUCAAUAACAAGGAGGGCGAAGUAGAGAAGCCCUUACCAGACGAAGAAGCAGAGCUAUGUGACUUGCACUUUAUUGCAAAUUGCCAAAGCUGCACGUCGUGGGAUAAACAGGGCAAGGAGGAUAGUGACGACGAAGGUUGGAUGUCACACGCACUUUCGUUUGCGGCCGAUAAGCUCGGCAAGGACCUCAGCAACCGUAGGAAGGCUGAAGAGGAGCUGGUCGUCAUUGAUCCGCGGGAGAAGGCUCGGACUCUAAAAGAGGAGAAACGCGCUGAGCGAGAGGCUCGAUCUGGGGGAUCUGGGAGGGCGUGGGAUCAAGCAAGGAAUGCUCAGAUGGCGAAAGCUUCUUCAUUGGCUGGUAGGGGAGCGAAAUGA